AUCUACCGUUACAAUAGACACAAGUUUAAUCGGCUAGGUGCAUUUAGCUUUUCAAUGGCUGAAAAAAAUAGAGAAUACUAAAGCAAUAGAGAGAAGGACUGAACCAGAAACCUGAAUCCGGAAGGGUUUACCCGUGUUUUGAACGCUCCAUAUAGGGAAGCAAUUAGUUUAAAUUCGAUGCUUUUAAAGAGAGAUCCUCAUGAAGAAUUGCUUCCCUUCCCAAAAUUCUGGCGGUUACAUUACUUAAAGGUUGCACCGCCCCAGCUCCCUGAUGACUUUCGUUUACAGUUAAAGAGAAACAUGAAAGGAGCAGGCUUGUGUUUACAGAAUUUGUUCUUCUACUACGGUAUAAUAAGUAAUUCUACUUCCUCGUAAAGAAAUACUUUUAAAAUGAUCAUCAUUGUUUUGUUCCAGUUGUAUGGUCUUCUACUUGGUGUUUUCGGGGUUAAUACAGUGCCAGUGAUGGAGGGAGAUUCACUCACUCUACACACUAAUACUAAAACAAAGCAACAGGAAAAGAUUAAAUGGUUUUUUGAUCACACUCGCAUCGCUCAGAUCAACGGAGAUCUCAGUUUUAUCUGUGCUGAUGUUCAGUGUGAAGAUGGGGACGAGAGAUUCAGAGACAGACUGAAGCUGGACCAUCAGACCGGAUCUCUUACUAUCACGAACACCACAUUUACAGAUGAAGGAGAUUAUCAGCUACAGAUUAUCGGCAGCAGCAGCAACAGUGUCAAGAGCUUCAACAUCAUAGUUCAAGAUGUUUCUACUGCUGAAUCAGAUGAAACGAAGAAUAAAUCAGUGAAGGAGGGAGAAUCUGUCACUUUAAAUGGUCCAAUUAAAAACCCCAAUCAUGUCAAAUGGUAUUUUAAUGACCUUGUCAUCGCUGAAAUCACAGGAGAUCAGAGUAAGACCUGCAGAGAUGUCCACUGUGAAGGUGGAGAUGAGAGAUUCAGAGACAGACUGAAGCUGGAUCAUCAGACUGGAUCUCUGACCAUCAUGAACACCAAAAGCACAGACUCUGGAGUUUAUAAAGUACAGCUCGACGGCAGCAGCUUUAGCAUUCAACGGAAUCACAGCAUCAGUAUUAUCAGUGAAGAAUGCUUUAGCGUUACUGACUGGACCAUGUAUUUAUUUGUUGCCAUGGGAAUAUUUAUUGCUAUUGUAUUGGUGGUCAUUGGAUUGACAGACUGGACCAUGUAUUUAUUUGUUGCCAUGGGAAUAUUUAUUGCUAUUGUAUUGGUGGUCAUUGGAUUGACAGGACGGUGGUGUAGAGGAAAAAGAAACCACAGACAGAGUUAUGUGUAGCAGCAUUUGCUUUGCACAUUUGUCAUGUGAAAAAGUUAUGAUACCCUAUGAAAUUCAGGACAAUAUUAUAUUUAAGAUAUCUAAUCUUUGGCAGGUCCUAAAAUUUGGGGAAUUGCGAGCACAUUGUGGAUAAAAAUCAGUUCUUGCCCUCUAUAGAAUGACUGGCUAACAUAUAUCACAACUAGGCUAUUGUUGGGCAUGAGUUUGACAUCUAUUAUUAGUUUUAUUCAUUCAUUCAUUCAUUUUCUUUUCGGCUUAGUCCCUUUAUUAAUCUGGGGUCGCCACAGCGGAAUGAACCACCAACUUAUCCAGCACUUUUUCACGCAGCGGAUGCUAUUCCAGCCGCAACCCAUCUCUGGGAAACAUCCACACAUUCUCAUUCACACACACACACACUCAUAAACUAUGGACAAUUUAACCUACCCAAUUCACCUGUACCGCAUGUCUUUAGACUGUGGAGGAAACCGGAGCACC